CUGAGGUUGUUAUUUAAAGGUACAGAGUGCCAACGCGGAGCGAGCUGCUGUUCACAAACUCCAAAGGGAGGUGUCGCGAGAAGCUGCCAAGAAAACUGCCCAGCCCCCACCAGUCAGUUAUGAUGCUGCUGAAGUCUCUAGCGUGCCUCUGCGCCCUGGCUGCGGUUGCCUUUGCUGUACCUGCUCAGGAGAAGCGCGUCCAUCACCAAGCUGAUCUGAGUGGCCGCGCCCACGACGACACUCACGGCUUCCAGUACGACCACGAGGCCUUCCUGGGCAAGGAGGAGGCCAAGACGUUUGACCAGCUGACCCCCGAGGAGAGCAAAGACAAAUUAGCGAAGAUUGUGGACCGCAUUGACACUGACAAGGAUGGCUACGUCACCCAUACAGAGCUGCAUUAUUGGAUCAAACACCGGCAGAGGAGGUACAUUGAGGAGAAUGUGGACAAACACUGGAAGGACUACGACAAGAACCAAGAUGGCAAGAUAAGCUGGGAGGAGUACAAAAACACCACCUACGGCUACUAUCUCGAUGACGAGUUUGAUGAUGUGGAAGACAAGGCCACCUAUAAGUCCAUGCUCACCCGGGACGAAAGGCGCUUCAAGACAGCUGACCGAGACGGUGACGGCAUUGCCACACGUGAGGAGUUCACUGCCUUCCUUCACCCAGAGGAGUUUGAUUACAUGAAAGACGUGGUAGUGCAGGAAACUGUGGAAGACAUUGAUAAGAACGGGGAUGGCAAGAUCAACUUGGAUGAAUACAUUGGUGACAUGUUUACACCAGAGGACGGUGAUAAGGAGCCUGAGUGGGUCCAGACAGAGAGGCAACAUUUCACAGAGUCCAGAGAUACCAACAAGGACGGCUACCUGGAUGCUGGUGAGGUGGCCCACUGGAUUUUGCCGGGAGAGGUUGACCAUGCUGACAAUGAAGCCAAACACUUGAUCCAUGAGACAGACACUGACAAGGAUGGGAAAAUAACCAAGAAGGAGAUUCUGGCCAACUGGAACAUGUUUGUGGGCAGCCAGGCAACCAAUUACGGGGAAGAUUUAACAAAGAGACAUGAUGAACUUUGAUGAGCUGCCAGAAGCUCAUUGGGGUUUAUAUUUCACUACUAUGGAGAAUUUUGUUACAGUGAUAUUGUGGUGGGGGUGGGAGUCCUUGGGACAGUAAAGUAAGGUUCCGACUCUGGUUUACUCGCACUGUAAUCAUGGACCCUGCACGUUUACAUUCACACAGGCGUACACAUUGAGCAUGCACUCACAUACUGUGUAUGUGAAUACAGGUCCACACACACACACACACACACACACACACUGCUUUGUUUACAUAUCCAUUUGAUUUCUUUUAACUGAGACACAUAUCCUCAUCGAUAACACACUGCUGUUGUCCAGUGCAAACUGUCCAGUCCAAAAUAUCAAAAUUACACACUAACAGACCCGUGGCUAGCGGCCAACAUGCACUGGCAUCCAGCUGAAACAAUGAAACAAGGUAUGAAAGUGGUCUCAACACAUCAGGAUGCAAUCGUUCUUAUAUAAUGAUUUAAAAAAAACAGACCACAAUGGGGAUACAGUGUUAUCUGAAACAGACAGGUACAUAUGUGAGAAGGCAUGUGAGCAUGUUGGAACCCUAUCUGUUAAGGAGUAUGAAAUUCAAUAUUGGAAGAGUGACUGAAUGGCUGUGUUACUGACUUUUUGGGGGGUUUGAUUAGUAAAUAAAGUCUUGUUUUUCUACA